UCAUAUCAUUCACAAUCAAAUAAAAAUUAAAAAUAAAACAAAUACAAACAAACAAACGUUUUUAACGAAUUUUUUUAUAAUUUCACAUAAUUUCCUAAUUUAAUUAAUUUAAAUACAUAUAUUGUUAUAACUUUCGAUUCUCAUAUAUUUUUAUAAUGGCUUUAUUAUUUCAUGUUAACCAAAACAUUUGUUGUAAUGAGUGAAACUGACGAUACUGAUGUUCUUUUGCUGAUACCACCAAAUUUCUUCCUCGUGGAGAGUUCAAUCUCCGAUGAUUCAUUACUAGAAUCCUCAAGGACCGUUGUGCAUAAACCGGUUUCCUGUACAGCACAGGUUUUGGACAAACUUGCCGAUCGAGUUCACUCACUGGAAUCGAGGUUGGAAAGUUUAGAAGUUUGCACAAGUGAUACUGUGUCUAAAAAUUCGAAUCGGAACUCGUGGGAUACCGGUGAUAGUAUUGAACACAGUCUAGACCGUAGAUGCUUUACAUUUCCACGGAGACGCCGACGCAAAACUGGUAAACGAGAAAAAAAGCGGGAAUUGUCAUUGACCAGUCUCGACUCUUUCUGGACCCGCAAUAAAGUUCCUUUAUUGAAUUUAAAGAGUACUUCGGAAGUUUCUAGCACGAAAAAAGCUUUUAUCGAUGAUACGCCAAGCAUGGAUGGUGAUAUUAGCAGUAUAGUUUCGACGCCUAGCAAGAAAAAUGACAAGUUACUCUUGAACGAAAUUGACGAAUUCUUGACGAAGGUCGAAGCAUACGAAGGUCCAGAUUCUAAAUUUAAAGAGCAAGAAACAUUAAGCCCAGAGCAUGUUAUAAAAGCUACUGGUGAUUACAUAUCACACAGCAUAGAAUCAAAAAGUAAUGAUGAUAUAAAAUUACCAAGUGGGAGAGUGAUGACAAGUAAUGUCUUGGAUAAAUAUAUUUACUUGGUAAAAAGUAAUUCAGGGUCAAGUGUCUCACAAUCUGACAAGCCAUUGCCACCUAGUUCAUAUAAAAACCAGUAUAAUGAAGACUCCACAAUUCGUCCAGCAGAUGACAGUAAAGAGAGUGUCACGAAAAUGGACCCAAAAUCACUGAGUAUACGUAGACUAAACUUCUCUGAGAAGGAUGUGCAACCUACAUCUACACCUAAAAAACCAGCACAGUCUACAAGUUACACGGACUCGUUUCGACCAUCAUCAAAUAAAAUCUAUGAUAGAGCUUCAAAAGUAUUAGAACAAUAUAAAAUUAAUAAUAGCCGUAAUACUCAAAAUUCUGCACCUGAGAGCUACUUGCAGUCACCUAAAAAGGAGACAUUUAAAAUGCCCCAAAUGAGACCUUAUAUAUCAGACAAUAAGGAAACUUUGAAGUUGGCAGCUUAUCAGAAUAAAUUAAUAGAAACUAUUGAUACAGAUUUGUUAAGCUUGAGUGAGUUGUGGGGUUAUGGGGCUGAUAAAGGAGAUAGGACAGAGAGGGGAGAUAGUCUCAAGUUGGAGGAAGAAAAACUUAAAAGAGAGCAUUGUGAAUCAAUGAUCCAACAGCUUCAAAAGAAAAUUCUUGACCAACAAGAGAAAUUAGCAGUGGCGCUCAAAGUGGACAGAGCCAAGGACGCAGCUAUCACAAAAUUAAGGGAGGCAUGGUUGAAAAUUACUAGCAGUCUGGAUAAAGUGGAGGAACGUCAUAAAACUGGGCUGGAGAAGAUGAUGAGAGAAGUGGAAAGUUUCAAGAUGGUUGCUAGUGACGCCCAAAAGAAAACAAAUCAUUUUGAAAGUGAGUUGUAUAAAGCUCUGGAUUUAGCACAUGAUUAUCAAGAGAAGUGCAAACAACUGACAUCAGAACAGAAGGAACUUCAGGAUAGGAUGGAGAGAACACUUGCCAGCAAACAGGAUAUAAUCAGCAGUAAAGAGAAAGAAAUUGAGGUUCUAAAAGAAAAUUAUGAGACAGUAAUGAGACUGAACAAACAGUCCACAGACUGUGCUAAAAAUUUAGAAGAUGCGUUAGAGAAGGAGAAAUCUGAUCACAAUGUGACAAGAAUCAAAGUCAAUGAGUUGACUCGUAAAUUACAAACAAUUGAUGAAGAGACCUCACUUGCGUUGCAAGAGAGAAGUCUCUUAAAGGAUAAGGUGAAUGAAGAGCGGUCCAGAGGCAACCUGCUCGAACGGCAGCUAUGUGACAAGGAGAAUCAGAACAGUGAGCUGUUGAAGAAAUGUGACACCUUAGACAAUGAGGUGAAGAUGCUCCGCAAACACUUGGAACUCCAAAAAAAUGAAUUAAAAGUCCAUUACCAGAAGCAGUUAGAAGAUGCUGUACUGGCUAAACUGCAGGAGUUCCAGCAGCAGCUUGACCACGCUGAGAGAGAAAUGGAGAAUGAUGCCAGAAGUAAGGAGAACGCUAUAGUGGACACAUUCAAUAAACAGAUGACCAGGAUCGAAGAGCAACACAAACUGGAGGUUAAAGUACUAGAAGAGAAGCAGAAAGAAGAGAUAAAAUUGUAUCGUUUGCAACUAGCGCAAGCGAGUGAGAAAAUCAGUUUACUGGAGGGCAAGCUGGAGUCGCACCGGCGGCGGCGCGGACAGAUCGCGUCGCAGCUGCACGGCGUGAUGGAGGCGCAGUGGCGGCAGGCGCUGCGCAUCCUGGCCUGCCCGCCCGCCGCGCUCGCAGACCUCGACCUCUCGCUCGCACCUUCCGCGCCCGACACGGUUGCGACCCCGGUGGUGCCCGAAUUCCCGCCCAGUAAACCGCCGUUACCGCCCCAUAGAGGGCGCCGCGGAGAGGCGCUCAACUUCGAUGGGCUCAGCGACAACGAACUGCGACAGUACGUCAAAUUGCUUUUAACGAAGCCAGCGAACUUGGACGGCAGCGGCGACUGUUUGUUGCCGCAACGCGACCACGACGAGCCCACCAGCGACCGACCCGAGCGGUCCGACCAACUCGACCAGUUCGACCGCCACGACAAGAAGGAUAAGUCGCGACGGAGUAUCAAUAAUGCCAAACCGCCAUGGAAAGCCUAAAAGAUUAUUUAAUGAUUAAGUUAUUUAGUUAUUUAUAUACAUAUAUUGGCCCAGUAAGUGAUAUAUUAAAUAUUUUUCGAUAUAUAAUAUCGUAAACAAGUAUCCGUUUGUGAUAACUCGUAGAUAUCGGGCUGGUAUCGGCGAUAUUACAAUGGCUGGUCAUCAAUGUUCAGAAGGACUCAGUAUACUCUACUGAUAUUGUAAGCAUUUUUAGACGAUUUAUGUGAAUAGUGAAUACUCAGAAGCAUUUUUAUAUAGUUUAUAUAUAUAUAUAUAUAUAUAAUCUAUGGACGCCUGUAACACUAGGGGUGUCAUGUGCGCGUUGCCAACCUUGGGGGGUAUCUUGGGCGAAACAGUAUAUUCUGUUAUGUCCAUGGUACUGCUCAUGUCUAUAGGCGACGGUUACCACUUUCCAUCAGGUGGACCGUCAGCUUGUUUGCCAUUCUAAGUUGUAUAAAAAAAAAAAAAAUAGAACUGCGUAUUUACGCAAUGACUCAUGAUGUAUUUUAUUAUAAGUAUAUUUUAUAUUGAAAUGGCCUACAAUGGCAUAACUUAGUCUUAUUACGGCCGUAAGUAAAGCAGUGAUUUUCAAAGCUGGUCUCUAUUUAAUAAAGUAUGUGUAUAAAAAAAUAUAAUAAUGCUUAUAGAAGUGUGUAUUUAAUACCACCUAAUAAAUUGUUAGUUUUUAAUCUAAUCUCGAGUGCCUUUUUCUGAUAUUUUUAUAAUUUUUUUUUUAUUGUUGUAACGUACAAAUGGUGUUUAAUUCGACAUUCCUUGUAAAUUGAAUUUCAUAUUUUGAUAUUAAUAAAUUGUAAUAUUUUUAUAAAGGCCUUUUUUUUA